AAAGAAAUGUGAACUUGCAAUUUUCGUAUUGAUCAAGCUUUUAAAAAAAACUGUUUUCAUGCUUACGAGAAAGAGCGGGAAACUAAGGGUAAAAAAGGAAAAGAAAAAAUAGAGAAAAUCACGAGUAUAAAAGGCACCACCGGCGUUCAGUUUCCUUCCACAUUUCGCAGAAUUGAUAGCAGCGAUGACUCAACUGAAAGCUUCUGUUCUUCAGUAAUCUUCGCUCUCUCUUUACCAAACUAUCCUGCUAAUAUACAAUUCUCUCCGUUCUCGUGUUCGUAGACAAUGGCGGUGAAUGAAGAACCGGCGCCUGUUUCGGCUAUACUUGGCGAUGACCGAGAUGAUCGCGGUACCGGAGGAUAUUUUCUGAUCGUUUUGGCUGUUAUCUUCUUUCUCUCCGCUUUCGUGCUCUUGCUUGUUUUCCUCAUCCGCGGCGCCAUUACUGCUGAAGGGGCUAUUUCAAGUAAUCCAAGCAAAGGGGCAAAUGAUGAUCUUGCAGGCAGCGGUAAUAACACAACAACUACGAAUAUUAUUUCCUCGGGGAAUGGUAAUUUUACCUUAUCUUUGAGUUUGGUUGGAGGAGACGCCUCAGAUGAUGCAAUUUCAAUGCCGAGCCCAACAACUGUAGUACCAAGAAGUGAAACCUUUCUGGUCGAAGAGGACAAUUCUUUGGGUGGUAAUACUAGCACAGCUUAUGUUUAUGUUGAAUUCCUAGUUCUUGUUGUUCUCUUUCUUCUAUUGACACUGUUGUCUUUUACAUGUUCUCACGUGCAAUUCAUCAUUUUGCUCGCUCUCCUUAAAGCAGCCAGAAGGAUGGAGGUGGCAGAAAAGAAUAUUUGA